AGUGAUCGAAUAUGAUGUCCAAAGUUCCGAAUGCCGUGUAAAUGCAACCGUGUUAUCGAAAUUGCUUUAAGCCCGCUUCGACAUUAUUUUGUGAAUAGACAAGAGCAUUGCAUUACGUUUGUGAGAAGGUGUGAUAAAUUCUUCGAAUUCAAUUACAAAAGAUUUUUUUAAGUGAAUUUCAUUUGAUGUCUGGCUAUUAGAUUCUUAAAAAGAAAGCAGAUUGUGUUUGGUCAGAAAAUAAAAGAAAGAGAGACUAGAAUUAGAGUAAUAUUCAAAUUCAUUUGGUGUGGGUUGCGUUUCGAUACAGCAAGUGUGAAAUUCAUACGUCACGCAUUUCCAAGAUGUCGGAAGUUCAGAAUAACCAAGAAACCAACGGAACUAAUAAUGGAGAUGUGCCUGAAAUUGAAUUGAUUAUCAAGGAAGAAUUUAUGCUUGAAAAUGAAAUUGUGGGGAGUGCGAACGAGCUCAACAUCAACAGAAUAGCAGUUGGCGAUGGUUUAAAUGAUGCGGACGAAAAAGAAAAUAUAGUAAAAUCGAAUUUACAAUUAAAACAACUACAACUCCAACAACAUAUAAAGGAGUGUAGAACAACAAAUACAGAAAAAUCAUUCGCUCUACGUAAAGAUGCUUUUGCGAAGCGGGGCAACGAGUUUUCAGACGGAGGACAUGUUCUUAUGCUUACUCAUCACGACAACCAACAUUUUCACUUCGAAUAUGUGACCCCCAAGCAAGAUGAGAACGUGCUGGAUACAAUUUCCGUUGUGGAACAGAACACAAUAUGUUUUCAAACUGAUGAAAAACUGAACAGUGAAAAAUUAGCCAUAAAUCAUACGAAUCGAGUUCCAUUCGCGCAAAAGCAUAUGAAAGAUGGAGUUGUGGUUAAAGGGGAAUUUUCAGUUGACAACAACCCAGUAAGCAAUUUAGAUUUCGCCGCAAUGGUAGCCGAGGCUUGCGAAGGAAUUUUUGAUGAAAUCGAAAACGACUUGAGAGCAUACAAUAACAAUAGCAAUAAUAAUAGCUGUCAUGAUAAUGAAAUAUUUUCUGAUUCUGUAUGUGAUGGUGAGGAGCGUAUUGUAAAGAGAAAAAAACGAGCACAUAACUCGGAAGCGGUACAACUUGCUGCAAAUGCUGUAUUGGACGGUCGUAUGAGUUUAGGGGAGGCUGCUAAGUGUUAUAAUGUUGUGCGUUCAACCGUAUCUUCUCGUGUCGCCAAACAUCCGAAACGUAAAAGACGAAAAUCGAAUAAGGAAUUAGAGGAGCUAAUUUACAGUAAACUGAAGGCCGGUGUACAAAUUUCGGAAAUUUCGCGCUCUUUACAUGUUCCUAAGUCAACUGUUCAUUUAUAUAAAACAAGACUGAAGAAUAACGGAUUGCUGCCCGCUGUUUGGAUUAGGAAUGGCAGUAAAGAUAUGGUUGAUCAUGGUGUUCAAGAGAGGUUAAUGCAAGCAUAUCGUGGUCAUAUUGUAAACGGAAUGUCGGUACGUUUCGCUGCUGAGUUUUUCUCGUUACCGCUCACAACCUUAUGGCGAUACAUAAAACGCAGAAAAGGUCCCACAGUGAAUAACAUUGACGAUGACAUUAACAAAUUUGAAAAUGAAGAAUCCACUGAGAAAAAAAGUUGUGUUAACAACGCUUCAAAUGACUUUGACGAUUUAGAAUUUGAAGAGAAUCUGCAUGUUAAUGAAAUGAACUCUCCUCGAUCAUAUCCUACAGGACUGGGAACAGUUUUUGAAAAAGAAGAACAAACGAUAGAACAAUCUUUAUUAAAUCAACUGUUAGAGUAACAUAAUGUUAUAAAUUGUAUUAGAUCUCAAUAGUUGAAAUUGUAUUGUUAAAAAGAAAAUUAAAUAAAUAAAAAAAAAUCGAGAAUA